GACAAUGACUGCCAUGUUUGAGAAUGUGACGAGGGCACUGGCGCGCCAGCUGAACCCCCAGGGCGACCUGACCCCGCUCGACAGCCUCAUCGACUUCAAGCGCUUCCGCCCUCUCUGCCUGGUUUUGCGGAAGCGCAAGGGGACGCUUUUCUGGGGGGCCCGCUACCUACCCACCGACUAUGCCCUCCUGGAUCUGCUGGAACCGGGUGCUGCGCCCACAGAGUCGACGGACAACCCGCAUUUUCGCUUCAAGAAGCUGCUGGACCUGCGGCUGGAGGGCAAGGUGGACGUGCCCAACACGGUCAAGGUCACUGGGGGAGCUGGGCUGACCCAGAGCAGCCACCUAGAGGUGCAGACCCUCAGCGUGGCUCCCAAGGCCCUGGACACUCUGCGAGAUGAGCGGAAGCUGCUCCCAGAACACCCGUUCCUGCAGGAACUGCGUCCGCGGGGCGAGAACCUCUACGUGGUGAUGGAGACGGUGGAGACGGUCAAGGAGGUGACCCUGGAGAGAGCCGGACAGGCCCAGGGGGGCUUCUCCAUCCCACUCUUAGCUCCUCUAGGGCUGCAGGGGUCCCUAAACCACCAGGAAGCUGUGACCAUCCCCCAGGACUGUGUCCUGGCCUUCCGGGUCCGGCAACUGGUCACCAAGGGGAAUGGAGAGUGGGACAUUCCUCACGUCUGCGAUGAGAAGCUGAAAACUUUCCCACCUGAAGGGGAGGGGGAGGCCUCCUGCAUCUCUCUUCCAACUGCCCCACCAGCUGAGGUCCCUGAGGACUUCGGAGCCCUGCAGGAGGAGGUGGAAAGUGAGGCCCGUCAGCUGGCCCAGCUGACCCCGGAGGCCCGGGCCACCCUGCUCCGCUCCCUCCGUGCCCUCCUGGGCAAGAACCACCAGCUGCGACUGCUAGAGGGCUCGCUGGAGGGGGCUCUGCAUAAGGGUACACCCGGGGCCCUCGAAGACCUGGGCAACGUGACUCUGAGCCCUCAGGCCAUGGGCUCCAUCCUCUACUUCCUGGGAGCCCUGACGGAACUGAGUGAGGCCCAACAGAAGCUGCUGGCUCAGUCCAUGGAGAAAAAGAUCCUGCUGACUCAGCUGAAACUGGUGGAGAGAGCCAUGGAGGAGAACUUCCAGCAGAGCCAGGGUGGGGACUUCCCCCUCCCGCCCCAGCUGCUCUCCUCACUUGGGGACGAGGACCUGACCUUGACGGAAGCCCUGGUGGGCCUCAGUGGUCUGGAACUGCACAGGGCCGGGCCCCGCUACACCUGGGAGCCCGCCACCCUGCCCCGGCUGUGCGCGCUCUACGCCGGCCUCUCCGCUCUUCAUCUGCUGGCUGCCCCGGCCUCCUGAAUGGCCCCCGCCCACCUCUGCCCCUUCCAGGGCCUGCUUCCUCCUCCGGACCCCCGCCCUUCCACUUCACCUGUUCUCCACCUGCUGGCUCCAGGAGGGCCCCUGGAGAACCAGGGAGUUUGGGCUGGAUGGAGAGAAAAUGGCACCAGCCCUGGAGGUGGGCAUCUGGGCAGAUAUCCUCUGGUGGGGUAGGGGUUGGGGGGAAAGGGGGUCUCUUUAGC